AUGAUGUUGCUUGUCUUAUGGCUUAUUUCAUUAAAGUUCAUUCUUGUACAAACAGCACCCAUCGAACAAUCUAAUUCGACAACAACUUUCAGUACUGAUAAACUACCAAUGGAUGGUUCUUCACUUGAUUAUCGGAUUUUACCCUAUAUUGGUAAUGGUCAUCUAGCUACAGUUGUAUACAAUGAUGUUAUUUAUAUGAAUGGACUUUAUAAUGGUCAAAAUGGUACCAGUCAUCGAGCAUGUAUUCCAAGUACAUUAAAUUGGCAAUUUAAAAUUAAUUCAUCAUCAUCAUUGUAUACUUUAAAUGUUUCAUCAGGUAUAUUCAGUGAAAUACUUGAAAAUGAUAAAGUUCGAAUUGAACGACGUCUCUUUGCUUCACAAGAAUAUACUGAAUUAUUACUUGCUCAUGUAGUACUAAUUCGAAAAGCACCUAUAGGAACGAGAAUUGUUGUACCUAUUGAAGUAAAUGAAAAUACAACGAGUGAUGAUAUCGAUUUUGCCAAUGCAACUCGUACUUCUCAAUAUGUUCUUUUAUCUGGUAAAACACGUGAAAUUGAAAAUAGUCUAUUUCAAGCAGAAUCAUUACCUGUAUUUGUUUAUUAUACACCAUUACCUGUUCACGGAUUAGAACUUAAUGAAAACGAAACAAAUCGGACAUAUCUUUUUGUUACAUCGAUUGAUGGAAAUCAAUCAAUAGCUAAACAAAGUUUUGAUUAUGCAACAAUUGAGCAACAACCAGAUGCUAUUUUAGCAUCGCAUAUAUCACGAUGGAAUGAUGUUUGGUCCAGUGGACAUAUCGAUAUAGAAGGAGAUGAUGAAUUACAAAGACAAAUCAAUUCUGCUUUCUAUUAUAUUUUAAGUUCUCUACCACCACUAUCAACGAAAAGUAAACCAAAACAAUUCUAUGGUUUAAGUCCUGGUACUCUUUCAUGGGGUGGACAUGAAGGAGAAGCUUAUAGUGGUCAUUCAUUUUGGGAUAUGGAAACAUGGAUGUAUCCAUCAAUUCUUCUUUUCUAUCCGACAUUGGCCAAAGAAAUGUUAUCAUAUCGAAUUGCUCUAAGUGAUGCUGCAGCUUAUAAUGCUCGUCUAUUUGGUUAUGAAGGAUGGAGAUUUCCUUGGGAAAGUGCUAGAACCGGUAUUGAUGUCACACCAGAUUGCUGCCCUACAGGUCGACUUUAUGAAUUGCAUAUUACGGGCGAUAUUGCAUUUGCAGCUAGACAAUAUAUUGCAGCUACAGGCAAUCAAGAUUGGUUAUUAAAUGAACGUGGCGGAGAAUUAAUCUAUGAAACAGCUCGAUUUUGGGCUUCACGAGCGAUCUAUAAUACUGAUAGAAAACAAUAUGAAAUAUUAUCUGUGUUACCACCAGAUGAAGAUGCUGAACCAUUUAAAAAUAAUUCUGUUUAUACAAAUGCAGUCGCUUCACUUUCUAUUCAACUAGCUAAUUAUGUUAGUUGCAUUACUAAUAAAACCGUACCACGAAAGUGGCUAGAUAUUGCAUCUAAUUUAUAUUUUCCUUUCGAUAAUUCAACUCAAGAUUAUCUUGAAUAUGAUGGUUUUAAUUUAAAGAAUACUACUAUUAAACAAGCUGAUGUUGUACUUCUUGGUUUUCCAUUAAUGUGGGAAAUGAGUGAUGUAGUGAGACGAAAUGAUUUAUUAGCUUAUGAACCUUUAACACGUACUGAUGGACCUGCUAUGACUUGGUCGAUGUAUUCGAUUGGAUUCACUGAAUUAGGUGAUUUUGAUAAAGCUGAUCAACUAUUUCGACGUUCAUAUCAAAGCUAUGUACGAUCUCCAUUCAAUGUAUGGACAGAAACUCAACAAGGUGUUGGAACCGUUAAUUUUAUAACUGGUGUUGGAGGUUUCUUACAAGCUAUUCUUUUUGGUUACGGUGGUAUUCGUUUAGAAUUAAAUCAACUUGAAUUUAAUCCCCGAGGUCAUCUACCAGAUCAAGCAACGAAAUUUACUUUUCAUGGUAUUAAAUAUCAAGGAUUUAUUUUUGAUUUAACUAUUAAUAGCAAUAUGUAUGAAAUUUUCGUUCGUGUUCAGAGCAAUAUCAACUAUAUUUUUCUUGUAUAUGAAUAUGGUGAGCAUCAUGGUUCACUCAAACUAAAUGAUCGUCUUUCAUUUCCCAUUGGCAUGCGUCUUAUCAUUCGUCGAUCGAUAACUCUUUGUCCUUAA